AUGACAAAUACCGGCUGUUUAUCCCCAAAUGACUUUCUAUUGAAAGUCCCAGAAUUUUUCAAGGCUGCAAAUGAGAAACAUAUAACUGUACGUUUAACAGCCAAAAGGCUCAUAGACCACGAUCCUGUGGAAGGAAAUAUUGAAUUUGAUACUACCAAUCAUCCUAGCUAUGAUGUGUCUAGAAAAGCCUCCAAAGUUUCGGUUAGCUCAAUUUCUGAGAAGGAAUACCCGUUACUAAUCAGAAUGUCUUACGGUUCGCAUGAUAAGAAAGCGAAAUGCUCAACAGUGGUAAAAGCGAACGAAUUAGACCAAUUUUGGCAGGAAUAUUCCUCUGUUUUCAAGGGUGGUAUGCAGAAUCUUAUCAAGAAGAAGAAAAAGAAGAGUAAGGGUAGUACUAGUGGCAAAACAACAAAGAAAAACAAAGUAGCAAAGAAAAAUUGA